AUGUCCAAAAACCUCUAUAUUUUUGGAAGUGACGCCAAUGCGAGGUUUUUAGCAUCCCAGUUCGCAUCGAGACAUGAUUCGUGGCUGAGAACAUCUCUUCUCUUCCAUAAAGACCCGAUUUUGAAGAACUACUUCAUUAAUGGGUCCAAGAUUACUUAUGAAAAUGCAUUGAAUCGAUUCAAUCCUGUGAGAAUUACGUACGAGAUACCGGCACUACUCAGGCCUGAGCAGGAGAGGAGUUCUCGGCAAGUACCUGACCGUCAUAUCGAUAACUUGAUAGUGACGAAUCCGGAUUUGGAGAAAUCUACAGCUCUACAAGAAUACAAAGAGUAUAUAUCGGAAGAUACCAACGUUAUAUUUGUCAAUCCAGGCCUUGGAGCAGUGGAAACGGCUACUAGAGGUUUGUUAGGACAUCCCCAUAUAUGGCAGGCUCUAUCCACUCAUAUAGUUGAAAACGGUAAAAACUUUGACAUAAAGCACUUGAAGGCGGGUGAUUUUAGAGUAUGCGCUUGUCCAACCUCAGAAUCCUUUCUGGACUUUGUACAACUUCAGGAGAAGCUAUUUCCAAACGAUAGAGAAGUUCCCAUGGUCAUUAAGAAGUUACUUGAGCUUCCCAUGCUUGGGGCACUUUAUUUCCCCUAUAAAGAGGUAUAUACAUCCCAGCUAGAAAAAGUAAUGGUGGACUGUUGUAUAUAUCCGUUGGUUUCAUUAUUCGAGACAGAUUUGCAGAGACUGUCUUCUAUUCGGUCGAUAGAAAGAACCAUUUCAAGCAUUAUAGAUGAAUGCUUACUUGUUCUUGGAAAUUUGAAUCGAGUUAAAUCUUUAAGGAAGGUUGAUCCUACAAUUAAUGCGAUUUUGGAUAAACAGAGAAUGUUUGAUAUAAUCCUACAGAUUAUUGGAACAGUUAAUGUCAAGAGUCCCUCUUUCAGGAACAGCAAGAGUACUAUUCUUCAGGCCAAAAUGCUUCCUUCUGUGGGAUUUUCUAGGAGAUUCGAUCUUAGAAGCACUAAUGGAUACAUAGUUAAACUUGGAAGGGAACAGAAUAUUGAUACUCCCGUCAAUAGGACUCUCAUGGAUUUGGUAGUUGGAAGACAGUCCAUUGAUAACGAUAAUGGUGAAGUGAUUCUUUAA